GCCUCUCUCGUUUGUUUCUGCACAUGCCUCAAGCUUCGAUGCUCACAAACUGACCACAUCAUAAUAAACAAGACACCUCGUAACCUCUUCUGAUCAUCAUCACUUCGUCGUCCGGGUAGCAUCGACUCUUGCCCCUCAGAUACCUCCCUCACCUCCCUCCAUCCUCCAUCCUCCAUCCUCCAUCCUUCAGCCUCUGUCCACAGUACUUUUACCCACUUUCUUUAGCUGGACUGGGUCACUGGGUAUCCACCGUGUCCAAACGCUUUUUGUCCAUCACUUCCACCACCACCGUUUGCUCUUACGGAGUAGGAGCUACUCAAGCAAGACUGCGACCUCAUUGUUUGCUCGGCUAACUUGCCUACACUCUUGCCGACUAUCCAGAGGCUCAUCUUUGUUCUUCCUUGCUGCUCAUCGCCCACGUCUCCAACUCUACAACCACGCCGGACUCUCACAACCGACCACCAAUAUCCUGCACACUACCUAUUUCAGACGCCGUCAACAUGCCCGUCGAAGUCCGUCACUCACCGCCGCCUUUGCACCACCCUAGUUCGGGUAAUAUUCGACCGAAAGGCAUCCUGAAGAACCCCUCAUUCUCCUCCGCCAGCGGUCGACCAGCCUCACCGAUCAAAGAAUCAUUCCACUUUCCUCCUACUACACCUCUUGAUCCCGAAGAAGAGAGGGAAUUGACUCUGCAAAACACCCUACAAAAUGCCGGUCACCGCCGUUCUUCGUCCGCUGCUAGACGCACUUCCGCAUCUCGACGUCAUUCCUCUGCUGUGUCCGGCGACCAGCAAGACGACCAGGAAAAGAUGCGUUUGAAAUGGGAUGAAGCCAAUUUGUACCUGGCCGAGCAAGAGUCGGGAGGGCGGAUGAAAAUCACGGAACCAAAGACUCCUUAUCAGUACGGCGAUGCCAUGGAAGAAGACGAUGAGGAAGAUGUGGCUAUCGACCCUCGUUUCGUUAACGUCGAUGAAGUUGAAAUGGCCAAGAACAAACCCGAAAAGAGACACAGUGAAAGCGACAUCCCCGGACUGGAACUAGGUGAACCAGAGGACGAAUACGCCGUCGCAACCGGACCAGAAGACGGCCGUAUUGUGCGAGCGAGCAGCCUUUCGAGGGAGAGCAGCAAGGAAAAGCAUGUUAGUGUCAGUGAUGGCAGUGACGGAAAUGGCUUUACGGAGCAAGUUGGCAUGCCUACGAGAGAAGAACAAGAGAAGCAUCGUCAAUUUGAAGAGCGGAGAAAGAAGCACUACGAGAUGAAGGAUAUCAAAGGCCUGUUGGGUCACCCUGAAGAACUGAAUGGCGACGAUGACGAAGAUGCCCCAUCUCCGACCUCCAUGCCUCGGAAUCUGCCCCAAAGAUCCGUUAAUGGCGCCCAAUAGAUGACACCGACUCAAUCCUCGCCUAGGGGCUCGAUAUACCCAUUUCUCGAAUCAACAAAUAAAGAGUUCUCUGGGCGUUGGUGUACAUGCAUUUGAGCAUCGUCGUCAUUACAAUAUCUGUCAUACGACUCUCCAGUACAGACACAAAGUUCAACGGAGAAUCUCAUUUCCUUUGUUUGUCACGUCAAUCAGCACGAAUCGACCAGUUAUUGCUAUCGCCGCAUGCACCAGAAAUGAAAUCGCUUUAUCCAUCUUACACAUUGCACAAAAUGCAUCCGCGUUUGCUUUUUGCAAUGCAUGACCCCCCUGAGCAUGACCUUUCAUCUCGUUGUUACAACGACAUUGCAUCCGAGAACGCUUUUGAUCUCACUUCGGAAUUUCGUAUUUUGUGGAGCAAUUCCAGACUCCUGCAGCCUUUGGCUUAGGAGGAGGUCGGGAAGGAGAGGAGAGUUGUGACGGUUGAGGGAUGACUGGAAGAGAGCUGUCCGCUAUAGGUAAUUGUCAAUGACAAGCCUGCAGUCGACAAAGGACCGCGAUUAAUCAGUCUGAGGGACCUGAUUCAGAAAUUCUAUCGCUCCAGCGAGAAGGAGAUUGAUCGGUCACAUUGCGGCUGUGACAAUCUGUAGAUAGGGCCACCAGUCCAGGAAAAAGGCGAGAAUGAGCAUUCGUUCAGACUUAUAAACCCAUCUGCUCAAGUAGGCCGAUUUUGGACAAGAGCAU